AUGCAUCCUGAUUGCCAGAAGCAGGACCUUGCAAGGUUGCCCGGGAACCAGGACGAGGAAGGAGAGAAAGAAGUCGGCUUGCUAGAGCUCUCCGAUUCUGGGAGGCUACGCAUUACCGGCAUAUGCGAUUUAUACGUGCCACCGAGCGAGCACCAAGCCAACCGCAGCCUUGCAGUGAUUGUUGCCGGCCUAUACCGUACAAACGCGGAAUGCUGCAGGACGCAGAUGCAAGCUCUCAUCGCCAACCACGGUGCCUUUGCCCGCGUCGACGUCUUCGCCUAUAUGCUAUACACCGACGACGAUAUUAAUAUACACAACCGCUCGCGAGAUAGCAUCGAGGCUGCUGUCCGCGAGUGCUACGGGCCCCACCUUCGCCGCGUCGAGGUCUAUAGCCAUUCCGAGAUCGAGGAGGACUUCCCGGGUGGCGAGACGGCUAUGCUGGAACCCUGCGGCUCUAAGCUUCGGCGGCUAAACAACCAGCUUAAGACGGUGGACCAAGCCGGAAGAUUAUGGCGCCAAUGGGCUAUAGAGAACGGAUUUAUGCACGACACGGUCCUACGCCUUCGACCUGAUACCGGCUUUAGGAGCCCCGCCGACCCGCCUUUCUGGAGCGUCGAGGAGCUAGGGACAAGUAAUCUCGUGCUGCCGCAUCCAGCAGGCAUGCAUUACUAUUACUGUCCUCGAAUGAGUGGCAGGGUCGGCGUCGGCUCGACCGACCAGAUCGCCUAUGGUAGCCCAGCCGCCAUGGGCCACUGGCUUUCCAUGUACCAGGGCUUUGCCGAGAUGGUAGGCUUAGCCUCAAAUCCAUCGCGGCCCGCAUAUCGCGACUUCUCCGGGUGCGAGGCACUUCCGACGGGCCCGAACCCGGGGGAUUGCGCCGACCCUGCCCCAUGCUCCAUCGAAUGCCUUGUGGCCUGGUAUCUGGAGAGCCGCGGCAUAUCUUUCGGUGUCGAGUGGGGUUGGAACGAGGACUUGGUGCGUUAA